UUUUUGUAAUAAAUGUGUUUCGUUUCCUAUACCUGCUCUCAUGAGGUAUUCUGUCUUUGACUCAGUGACGCACAACACUGCAGAGGAAGCACACGACACACCUUCAUCAAAUUUAAAAAACAAAAGGUCACAUCGUCGACAUAUAGCUUGUUUUUUCUAUGUUUGUUUUUGUCACACGUUAAAGCAAAACUUGCCUUGAAACAGAAUUCAUACUUGUUCAGUUGCUUCCAAAGUAAAAGUUAAUGAUUAAAAAACUUCAACCUUGAAAUUGAGAUUGAUGUUACUAAAUUUUGUAAUAAGAUGAGUUAUGUUUGAAGGCAAAUUCGAGCUUUAACGAGGUUGUGUUGUGCUCUUUGUAGUGGUGUGCAUGUCAUUGAUGGACAAGACACAAUAUCCAUGUUUCUUUCUAUGUCAGCCCUGGAAAUUAUGUUUAUAUACAACAAAUUUGCAGUGAACAUGCUUUGAAGGAAAUGUAAUGCUGGUUGGAUUAUGUUUUCUAUUAAUGUCAUGACAAAAUGUUGUUAAACAACAUAUUUUGCAAGUCAAAAAAAGAAAUGUUAACUGACAAUGUAUUUUAUUUGUUUUCUGCGAAAAUAUCAGAUUUUUUGGUACAAUAUCCACUUGUGGUGACUCUAGCAUUAUUAAAGGUUUUUUGUUUCUGUUUAAACUUGGUUAAAGUUUAGGAAAGAUUGUGUCUGUGAUUAUUAACUUUUAUAAUUUAACUGAAACCACUGUCUUUCCCUAAACUUAACCUUUUGUUGCCUAAACCACAAGUAGCAUGUCAUCUGUAUUGAUAUUUUAAAAAACGUAACCCAGCCAGCGAUUAUGUUGAUACCACACCACCAUUGGAAGAACCAUUAAGUUAUAUAUAAACGUAAUUUGAAGGGGACAUAGCUGAUUUAUAUUCAUGAGUUCAGGGAGCUGUGAAAAGUGACCUUCUGUAGUUUACAAAAAUAAUGCAAUUUUCUUAUUGAACUAAAUUUAGUCUUACUGUAGGAGGAACCUCUGACCAACCUUUGUCACUGCCUUUUUUUUCCUCACCAUUCUGAUAGAAAUACACAGUAACUGGAAAAACAUGGGUGUUCUAAAACAUUGGAUUGGUAAUUGCUCUAAACUCAAUGUAACAUUUGUUAUCUUUUUUCCAAAGCUUUCAGCCGUAGCCCUCUGUCUUCUUCAGUCCACCUCCACACAGAGCCAUGUGGUAGUUUGACCUUUAGUUUACAUGAUGACAGUUGAGCAACACUUGGCUGAAGAUGGCAGUGAGAUACUGAAAGAUAUUGAAAAAAGCUAGUAAGUGAACACUGAGUUUAGAAUAUUUUAUCAUAGACAUGUGUUCCCAAGGUCACGAAUGGAUUCGAUGGUUCAAAUCUUAUAUAAAAUUAUUCUUUAAAUAUACAUUUUAGCAGAAUCAUAUAUAUAAUGCAAUAAUUUGCUACAACUCUUAACUGUGUUUAGAAUUUAAGCACAUUUAUUUCUAUUUAUUUCUUUUUAUUUUUGUAUGUGUACAGCAAAGAUCAAAACAUCUUAAAUGGUUUUCUGAAAGGUUCAGAUGCUGUAUGUCCCUUCAGGGCUACCAUCUCAGGCCUACUAGAGUAUAUAUAUAUAUAUAUAUGUCAGUAGUAAAAUGUGGUGUUGAGUGUCCAGUACAAACAGAAGCACUGCUUUAGUACAGGUCAGUGGAGUUACUCACAUUAACCACUAGGUGUCAGCAGAGGUCUUCAUGUACCAAACCUACAGUGUCUGCACUGUUGCUCAACCUUUGGUCAACUGCAAACAUCUGUGGACAGAUUUUCAUUAUGUUUGACCAGAAAAGUCAAAAGCAAAGUAGUUAAAAUUCCUCCAUACAUGUUAUAUUUUCUUCUUUGUGAAGAAAACGUUUUAAAUCAUAAAACUUUGCACAAAUCUGCUUGAAAAAGUAAAAAUCUGUGGCAUUGUAAAAGAGGUUACACAAAAUUCUGAGCUGUUUUAAAAUAUUCUUUAUGUUGUUUUACUUGAAUUCAUUCAUUUAUUUAUUUUUGGUAAAUACUUUCUACAUGUUUUAGACAAAUGAAUUUUGUCCAAAGAAUGAGUCUUUGUUAAAUAGUUCAGUACAAAUAAUCUUGAUUAUUACCGAUCAAACAUGUUAAUGAGCUCUGCUGACUAUAGUAACUAAAGAACGUCUGUACCUUGUUCCUCUGCUGAUAAAAACAUGAUUCUUUUCAAUCUGACCGAUAAGAGACAGACACUGUUCAGUCACACAGAAGUCACUACGUCUGAAGCAAAACAGCAACAGAUAAGAAUUCAAGAUCUCUUUGUGACGGCCUGACCUGUCCAACCAAGGAUUGCUGACCACCUUGCACCAACGGGCCAUCACUGAUUUACGAGAGUUUGAAACCAAAAAAAGUCAAGAUGUCUGAGGGAAAGAAGAUGACAUCGAGCCGCAGGCAUCAUCUCAAGAGUUUGAUGCUGCAGAUUGCUGCUAACUGGCUGGAGAAGGAAGCUGCCGAGAUCGCAGCCGCCAAAGAAACUUACAUGGCAGAGAACUGCCCCACCCCUGACCUGAACGGAGACCAGGCAGCUCUGAUGGAAAUCUGCAGAAAGCUGUACCAGAGCCUUGACAAGAUCGAUGAGGACAGAUAUGACGCUGAGGCCAAAGUGGCAAAGACAGACAAAGAGAUCGAGGAACUGAAGCUGAAGGUGGUCGAGCUGGCUGGAGUGAAGAAACCUGCCCUGAAGAAAGUCCGUAUGUCUGCUGACGCCAUGCUGCAGGCUCUGCUGGGAGGAAAACACAAGGUGACCAUGGACCUGAGGUCCAACCUGAAGCAGGUCAAGAAGGAGGUCAAAGAGGAGGGUGCGGAGGCGGUCGGCGACUGGCGUAAGAACAUUGAGGACAAAGCUGACAGGAAGAAGAUGUUCGAGACCUCCUAAAGACUUUACAAUUUUCUGUCUUCACUUCCUCUGGGCUGCCACUUCACCUCCCACUGUUACAUCUGACCUUUUUCAUGGAAUUGAAAAAACUCGUGCCAUUAAAUUUUGUUUUUUUGGAAUAAGGCAAUGCUGUAAUUCUCCAGUUUUUUACAGACGAUGUUUGAAAGUUAGGAGGUAAAAGGGCUGUUUUUUAUGUGGGAUUUACUUGGUUUCGUUCCAUCAAUUUCACCAAAGGAAGGAAUGAUAUUCUCUUCAUUUUCUAUUCUCUGUCUUCAUUGUCUUACAUUGGUCUUACAGUCUUGCAUCGAAAAGCAGGACUUGUUUUCAAAGUCAAGACGUCAUUUUAACUUAAUUUAAACUAAUUCUAAAUAUUUCUUUUGGCAGCAAAUUGGGGAAAACCUCUUUAAAAGUAAAUUUAUCUUUUAGUGAACUGAGUGCUGUGCUCAUGUUGUACCACCAGAUGUCAGCAGAAAUCCUCAUCUCCUCUUUUUUCUCUCUGCUGGAUGUUUUUUUCUUCCUGAACAUCAUCUCUCCUCAGUUUCAGUCAUCAAACAUGGCUUCUUGGCAAAUAUUUCCAUUAAAUCACAAUUAUUUGAUCUAGCGCUUCAUUGUAUUUGGUGAUUAUCACAAACAAAGCCCCAGCAACAUGAAGCUCAACAAACGGGUGUGAAGAUCACAAACAGCCAAAAUGUCUGAGUGA